GAUUGGCCUCGCAUAGCCCAACCCUGUUUUGGCCGCUGCUGACAUAUAAACCAUUUGCAAAAGCACUUCGGCCUCACUCCUAUAACUACUUCUCCUAUAUUACAGCAAACAUCCACAGGUUGCAUUUUACAUUAUGUUCUUUGUAAUUCAAUCAGUAACUCAGGUAGAAGAUAAGUUCAUCGGGUAAUGGAGUGCGCAUGAGAUCAAUUGUUGAAGUAUCUAUAGCCUGUAAGUAACAGGCCAAUUAACCUAUGCAUAAAGAUGAACAAGCCUCUAGGUUCUAUAUUUAUAUAUAUAUAUAUAUAGCAGACCAGUCAUCAGUUGUUGCAUUCAAGAAGAAGUUAGGCUUCAGGCUUAUACAAAAUAAUAUAUAGAGCAUUCAUAUAUCAAUGGAAGCUUUAUUGAGGCCUUUCUGGUUUUGAACUAUCAGCAGCUUCUUUUUCCUAUCAUGAGGAUGACAUUCUUUUUUUUUUGCUUUUUACCAUCCUCUUUACUGGCCAAUGGGGCACUGGUUUGAUUCACAGCAUGUGACAAAAUAUCUAACUUCUAUAUAACCCAUAUCUGUCUGAACUAUAUAUAACCCUGGAAGCAACACAUGGGAUGCUGAAGGCCAGACUGAGUGUCAUCAUCAUCUAUACAGACUAUACUAGGUGCAUCACAGCAGGCCUUUUUUGUACAGACUCACAUGUGGAAUUAAGGUGCCUCCUGAUGUGACGGAUAUGGCCACAUGAAAUUUGCCCUCAAAUCUAUGUAAAAGGUAUUCCACAAUGGAGAGAUUUAUAUGUACAUAGUCAUCCCUUUGUUAGAAGAGGACGAGAAAGCCUACAAAAAGGCUGUUGACUUGGUUGAGUUGGGUUGGGUAUUAGGGAUUGGGGGAAGUGUUGGCAGCAGUUCAAAGAUACUACAGGCUGAGCAUUUAGACUUUCUGCAGGAAUAUGUUCUUAUGAAAUCUAUGCUAAUCUGCCUGCAUCUCUUCAGUCUGCUUGUCCUCUCCAUGAUUCACGUGCUUUCUCAAAUUCUUAAUUAUUAGCUAGGAUUUUAGGUUGAGGUUAAGCUGGUUAUUAAUUAAUUAAGUUUCAAUCUAAAUCCAACCUAAAUUUACAAGUCCAUUUGAGUUUUUUCAAGCCAAAUAAUUUUUCUUCUUACUACCCAAUUGCACUCAUUCAACUCACACUUAGCACUCCUGCUAUGAUUAGAGAUCCAGCAGUUCAAAUUUUACUCAAUGAUAAGUGGAAUCAACCCAUUUGGAGUGACCAAGAGCAUCCAAAAAUGGACCACAGCAACAUUCCGCCUCAAUAAAAUAGAGUCUCUAUGAUCAUGGCAUAACAACUUUGAGAAAAUGUGACAAAAGCAUAGGUAAGGUAACACUAGCAUUUAGUAAUUUAAAACUUGCUUUCACAAGGCCAUUAAUUAAUUAAUCAUAUGACAUUAAGACACAGCCACAUAAAGGCUUAGCUGAAGAUUUAGCCCAAGUCCAUUUAAGAUAAUGGAUUUAUAAUUAGUUUUCUAUAUUUGCAUGGUUGGUAACUUCAUAUGUAUCUUAAUUUUCUGAAGGAAAGCAUUUGAGUGGGUGAUAAGCUAUAGACAGAACCAUAAGUUCGUUGAAAAAGCAUUUUGGAUUUGAGGAAAAUUGAUCAUGAGAUGAGCACUCUUCCUCAUACCCCAGAAAACAAUAUGGACGUAGAAGACAGUUUUCAAACACUUGUGGCCCCUCCACAAAUGCUGUCCUUGAAACCAGUAAAUACAUGGCUAAAAAGGGCCAUGUGUUGACCUGGUCUCUCACCAUGAAUUCAUUUUCAAUUCUUCUAACCUUCUAAAGCCUUUCCACAUAAUCUCUUUCGGUCUCUCUUCAGUCAAAUUUUCUACAUGCCCCACAUUAGGCGGGACAAACUCCAUCAAUGAUCACCAAUUUCUCACCCUUUUGGCUGCCCAUUCCUUUCCCUUCCCUUCCCUUCUCCUUUCUAACAUACAACGCAUGCCAUUGUUGAUCAAGAUUAGUGGGUUCUAAACCCAAGUCAUUAUUCUUCCAAGUGAUUCAUCGAAAUUGGAUUCUGGCGAUGUUUCUCAGUGAAUUAGCUUCAAAAUAGGGUGGUUUUCUAGCCUAGGGUCUCCAUCAAAUAAGAAGCCUUGACUGCCACUUCAAGAAUCGGUUUUCAUAUGCAGGAAAUGUAAUCAUCUAAAGCUUACUAAAGCUUAAAGCCUGGAGGUGUAUGUGUUCAUGUCAAUCUUGUUAAGGAGACAAAAGAAAAGGCCAUUGAAAAGAUUUAGAAAUUGAAUAGACAAUGGACUCUCUGUCAAGCACUGCAUCAAAAAAGGCCAUACGUAGCCCAGGAGGGUCUUCUGGUUCCCAGAACAAUCGUAAUUCCAAUGGGCAAACGGUGAAAUUUGCGAGAAGAACUUCAAGUGGGAGAUAUGUGAGUCUGUCCAGAGAUGAUCUUGAUAUGUCUGGCGAAAUACCAGGAGACUACAUGAACUACACGGUUCACAUUCCUCCAACACCAGACAAUCAACCGAUGGACACCUCUGUGGCUGUCAAGGCAGAAGAGCAAUAUGUCUCGAAUUCCCUUUUCACAGGGGGGUUCAAUAGUGUGACUCGUGCCCAUCUCAUGGACAAGGUGAUUGAAUCUGAAGUGACUCAUCCUCAAAUGGCUGGAGCCAAGGGCUCUGCAUGUUCCAUGCCUGCUUGUGAUGGCAAGGUCAUGAAGGAUGAGAGAGGAGUUGAUGUCACCCCUUGUGCAUGCAGGUUCAAAAUCUGCAGAGAUUGCUAUAUGGACGCCCUGAAGGAUACUGGUUUAUGUCCAGGGUGCAAGGAGCCAUAUAAGAUGGGAGACUAUGAUGAUGAUGUUCCAGACUUUUCAAGUGGAGCACUACCAUUGCCAGCUCCGGAUGACCCAAAAGGAAAUAUGUCAGUGAUGAAGAGGAACCAAACCGGAGAGUUUGAUCACAACAGGUGGUUGUUUGAGACAAAGGGAACAUAUGGCUAUGGCAAUGCAUUCUGGCCGCAAGAUGGUGGGGACGAGAGGGAUGAAGAGUUCCAGGGAGGUGCUAUAGAAACUAUGGACAAGCCAUGGAAGCCUCUCAGCAGGAAAAUGCCCGUCCCUGCAGCCAUCCUCAGCCCUUACAGGUUGCUGAUUGCUGUUCGAUUUGUGGUGCUGGGUUUCUUCUUGACAUGGAGACUGAGGCAUAAAAACGAGGACGCCAUCUGGUUAUGGUUUAUGUCCGUGAUAUGUGAAUUGUGGUUUGGCUUCUCAUGGAUCCUGGAUCAGGUCCCUAAGCUAUGUCCCGUCAACCGUUCCACUGACCUCCAGGCCCUCUGGGACAAAUUCGACAUGCCCUCCCCGACCAACCCCACUGGCCGCUCUGACCUCCCAGCCGUGGACAUGUUUGUGUCCACCGCUGAUCCUGAGAAAGAGCCUCCUCUUGUCACUGCCAACACUAUUCUUUCCAUCCUAGCAGUUGAUUAUCCUGUGGAGAAGAUCGCUUGUUACAUAUCCGACGAUGGGGGUGCCCUCCUCACAUUCGAGGCCAUGGCGGAGGCUUGCAGCUUUGCUGAUUUGUGGGUUCCCUUUUGCCGGAAACAUGAUAUUGAGCCAAGGAAUCCUGAGAGCUACUUCAGCAUAAAGGGAGACCCCACCAAGAACAAGAGCAGGUCUGAUUUUGUGAAGGAUAGGAGAAAGAUCAAGAGGGAGUACGACGAGUUCAAGGUGAGGAUCAAUGGCCUGCCCGACUCGAUCAGGAGAAGAUCAGAUGCCUUCAAUGCGAGAGAGGAGAUGAAGAUGUUGAAGCACAUGAGGGAGAGCGGAGGGGACCCUAUGGAGCCGAUUAAGGUCCAGAAGGCUACCUGGAUGGCUGAUGGUACCCACUGGCCUGGAGCUUGGGCGGUCCCUAGCAGAGACCACGCCAAAGGUGACCAUGCAGGGAUACUACAGGUGAUGCUGAAGCCACCCAGUAGUGAUGUGCUAAUGGGAGGAGCCGACGACAAGAUCAUCGACUUCACCGACGUAGAUAUACGCUUACCCAUGUUUGUGUACAUGUCGCGUGAGAAGCGACAAGGCUACGAUCAUAACAAGAAAGCAGGCGCCAUGAACGCCCUGGUGCGAUGCUCUGCAAUUUUGUCCAAUGGCCCAUUUAUUCUUAACCUGGACUGUGAUCACUACAUCUACAACUGCAAAGCCGUGCGUGAAGGAAUGUGCUUUAUGAUGGAUAGAGGCGGUGAAAGCAUCUGCUACAUUCAGUUUCCUCAGAGGUUCGAAGGCAUUGAUCCCUCCGACCGCUAUGCCAAUAACAACACUGUGUUUUUCGAUGGCAACAUGCGUGCCCUGGAUGGUGUGCAGGGACCUGUUUAUGUGGGGACCGGCUGCAUGUUCAGGCGCUUUGCGCUUUAUGGGUUUGAUCCACCAGACCCUGACAAGGCUCAUAAGGUGGGCUCUGAGAUGCAAAACUUGGGGCCAAGUGAUUUCGACUCUGAUCUGGAUGUGAACCUCCUGCCCAAGCGCUUUGGAAAUUCUACACUUCUGGCUGAGUCUAUACCUAUUGCUGAGUUCCAAGCCCGCCCCCUUGCUGAUCAUCCUGCCAUCAAGUAUGGACGCCGCCCCGGUGCUCUCAGGCAGCCGCGUGAGCCACUUGAUGCCUCCGCUGUGGCUGAGGCCGUCUCUGUCAUCUCUUGUUGGUAUGAGGACAAAACAGAGUGGGGUGACCGGGUGGGUUGGAUCUACGGCUCAGUCACAGAAGACGUGGUGACAGGCUACCGCAUGCACAACCGUGGCUGGCACUCUGUCUACUGCAUCACCAAGCGUGACGCCUUUCGCGGUUCAGCUCCGAUCAACCUCACAGACCGGCUCCACCAGGUGCUCCGAUGGGCCACAGGCUCCGUGGAGAUUUUUUUCUCUAGAAACAAUGCCUUUCUGGCCAGCCGCAAGCUCAAGUUUCUCCAGCGUCUGGCUUACCUUAAUGUCGGCAUCUACCCAUUCACCUCCAUGUUCCUAGUGGUUUACUGCUUCCUCCCCGCUCUCUCCCUUCUCUCCGGCCACUUCAUUGUCCAAACCCUAAAUAUAGCGUUUCUUUUAUACCUGCUGACAAUAUCCAUUUGUCUGAUUCUCCUAGCCAUCUUGGAGGUGAAAUGGUCAGGAGUGGGGUUGGAGGAUUGGUGGAGGAAUGAGCAGUUUUGGCUCAUCUCUGGAACCAGCGCCCACUUGGCUGCUGUGGUGCAAGGCCUUCUAAAAGUGAUUGCAGGGAUUGAAAUCUCUUUCACACUGACUUCCAAGUCUUCAGGAGAUGAGAAUGAAGACAUAUACGCAGAGCUGUAUCUUGUAAAGUGGACUUCAUUGAUGAUUCCACCGAUUGUGAUUGGGAUGAUGAAUAUACUGGCGAUUGCAGUAGCAUUUUCUAGGACAAUAUACAGUGCCAUCCCUCAGUGGAGUAAGUUCAUAGGUGGGGCUUUCUUCAGCUUCUGGGUGUUGGCUCAUUUGUAUCCUUUCGCCAAGGGGUUGAUGGGGAGGCGAGGGAAGACUCCCACAAUUGUGUUUGUCUGGUCUGGUCUCAUCGCCAUUACACUCUCCUUGCUCUGGAUUUCCAUCAACCCACCAAAAGGAGCCACUUCAGCAACUCUCAAUGGAGGCUUUCAAUUCCCAUGAGGGUGGAGCAGUUAAUGAAUUACAUUUCAGCCUAUCAUUUCAUUUUUAACACAGAACUGAUGCACUCAACCACACAACUUUAUGGACAAACCCAGGGAACUUGUAAGUAAUUAAUGGGUCAGUGAAGCUGAUUGUGUCUAUCCCUUUUCUUUUCUUUUUUUUCUUUUUUUAUGGCAUUAUAUGUUUCACAUUCUUGCAGAUGGGUAGUGUUGAAGAAAAAUGAGGUAUGAGGUUUAAAUGAUAGGUUUAUGAAGAAGGGUUUGUGAUGAGUGAACUUGAGAGUAGAGGGGAUAUUCAGUUGAUAAAAAGGGAAGAGAUGCAUGUAAGUCCAUGUACUUAAAAGCAUUGUCGUUGUGUAUGUACUAUGUAAGCAAUGACUCGUAUUUCCAA